CGACAUAAGUCGCAUCGAAGGUGGCUUCGGGCUGCGGCGAAGGGCUUGUGGUAGCGGAGACAGGACUUGCCUGUCGCUGGAUGAGGAAUGACGAGCGGAAGGCCGGGGCUUCCACCCUUCGGCGUGCUUGUGAAUGGCUCCGGGUUCUGGUCUCCGAAGGAAGACUAUUUGAUGUCAAACCCUCAAAACCCGCAUCGCCGACUCGUUCUUCCUGACACGCUCAUGAGAGACAAGCUCUGCCUAGGUGCGGCUGAUGAACUGAUUAGGAGCUACGAUAUUGAGCAGCGUACUGUUGCCCAUGCCGUGAUUGACGUCGCUACGGCACUGGUAAGGGACAUGAUGAAAUCGGCAAAGGAGUCCGUCUUUACCAUCGAGAAGAACGCCGGAUACAUCACAGGAUAUUUGCGCUCGCAAAGCUAGAACAGGUAGGGGUCAUGAGGAGAGAGGAGUGGGAGGUGAUGGAAACGAGAUGAACUGUCGCUUCC